GUUACAUAAAAUGUUCCCAAUGCUCGGGAAAACGGUGCGAGCUGGUUCCUCCGCUGUGUUGCAGCAGCACCACCGGCACUUCUGCACACCGGUUGUAAAUAUAUUCGAUCGUAAUGUAAAACGAUUGCAGCGAGAACGUGCCGCCCAAAGGGAAGAUGUGGAGUUGUACGACUACAUCAAGGAGGAGGUUGGUUACCGGUUAGCGGACCGUAUAUUCGACAUUAAGCGCCAGUUUACGAACGCGGUCGAUCUCGGUGCCGGUCGGGGCUACGUCACGAACCACGUGCUGGGCGAAACGGUACAGAAGCUUACCGCCAUCGAUCUUAGCCCUGCCAUGCUGUCACAGAUCAAGGGCUCGCCCGGAUUAGAUUUUAGCAUCCGCGAGAUGGACGAGGAACGGUUCCAGUUUGAGGAUGAUUCGCUCGAUCUUGUGGUGUCCAGCUUAAGCAUGCACUGGAUCAACGAUCUGCCGGCCUGCUUUCGGGCGGUUAAUCGUGCACUCAAACCGGACGGGGUGUUUAUCGGUGCUAUGUUCGGGGGUGAUACACUGUACGAGCUGCGUUCGGCACUGCAGCUAGCGGAACAGGAACGGAAAGGUGGUUUAGCACCGCACGUAUCGCCUUUUACACAGAUCCGCGAUGUGGGAAUGCUCCUAAACCGGGGUGGCUUUACGAUGCUAACCAUCGAUACGGACGAACUGGUGAUCGGUUAUCCGUCCAUGUACGAGCUGAUGUUCGAUCUGCAGGGUAUGGCGGAGAGUAAUGCGGCCUUCAACCGACCGUUGCACGUUGGGCGCGAUACACUGAUGGCAGCUGCAGCUAUUUAUAAAGACAUGUACGCCCGAAAGGAUGAAGGUGUGCAGGCUACGUUUCAGAUCAUAUUCUUCGUCGGAUGGAAACCGUGCGCUAGUCAACCGCAGCCGGCAGAGCGUGGAUCCGGCACGGUUUCACUGAAGGAUCUCGGGAAGGUAAUGACACCGAAGGGUUCGGGAUGUAAAAAUUAAA